UCAAAAAGUAGCCGUUCUAAACUCACCGGCGGAUUGUAAACGCGCGCUCGAAACGCCCGUCGCCAUAUUGUUAUUUAUUUGCAAGCCGUGCAGUUCGUCGCAAUUCGGCCCGUCCGGUAUUCGGUUGGUGCAGCUGCAAAGGCAUGUGCAGAGCGAAUCUUCGCCCAUCGGUUGUCGCUGUGUGUGCUUGCUAAAGGUGGUCCACAUCGUUGCUUCACGGGAAGAAGGUGUCGUGCGGUUAGGCUGGACGUGCGACCCGAAAGUGUAGGGGUCCCACAGCUAUCUUCGAUCUCUGGAUGACAGUUUGCACGAAGCCGACGCUGGUGGUUGGAAUCAUUGCAAGCUCUAGCGAGAGGUGUCGGGAGCAGAAUCCGCGUGUGCAGCGUGGUUUGUGUAAUUUGCUGAAGUAAGAUAAUCGUUCUCAAUACACACUUGCCGUGGAAGUAGCGAUUCUUCGAGAAUGUCGAACAUUGCGCUGGACAAAGACUGCUUCUUCCGGCGGAUAAAGCGGCUGUACGCAAACUGGAAGGAUCCGGAGUUCAACCAUGAUGACUCGCUGGCGAAGGUGGACUGCAUCAUGACGGCGGUCGGAGUGGAUGAGGAAACGUUCUACAGCAAGUCGACGUCGCUGCAAACCUGGCUGUUCGGGUACGAGCUAACCGACACGAUCAGCCUGUUCUGCGACAAUGCGAUCCUGUUCCUUACCAGCAAGAAGAAGAUUGAGUUUCUCAAACAGAUCGAAAAGGAUUCCGAGGAGGGUCUGCCGCCGAUUCGUUUGCUCGUGCGGGACAAGAAUGACAAAGAUAAAGCGAACUAUGAGAAGUUGUACGAAGCGAUGAAGGCAUCGAAAGCCGGCAAAACGGUCGGUGUGUUCACGAAGGACAACUUCCCGGGCGAGUUCUGCGAGAACUGGCGCGCAUUCCUGAAGGAUAAACACCUGACGAACGUUGACAUCAGCGUUCCGAUGGGGUACAUCAUGUGCCCGAAGGAAGACUCGGAGCUGAUCACGAUCAAGAAGGCGUGCCUCGUGACGAUUGACGUGUUCAACAAGUAUCUGAAGGAUCACAUUAUGGAAAUCAUCGAUGCGGACAAGAAAGUGAAGCACGUCAAACUGACGGAAGGGGUGGAAGCGGCCCUGACCGAUAAGAAGUACGUUACCGGAGUGGACACGAACCAGCUCGACAUGUGCUAUCCGGCCAUCAUACAGUCGGGCGGCAACUACAGCCUCAAGUUCAGUGCGUUUAGUGACAAAAACUAUCUGCACUUCGGUUCGAUCAUCUGUGCACUGGGGGCGCGCUACAAGUCGUACUGCUCGAACAUCGUGCGCACGUUGCUGGUCAACCCGACCGACACCAUCCAGAAGCACUACAACUUUCUGCUCAAUCUGGAGGAGGAGCUGCUGAAAAAUCUCACCCCCGGCAAGCGCCUGUCGGAGGUGUACGACCUCGGGCUCGAGUACGCGAAAAAGGAGGAACCGAAGCUCGUCGACAAGCUGACGAAAACGUUCGGCUUCGCGACGGGGCUCGAGUUUCGCGAAAACUCCAUGACGAUCGGACCGAAGUGUGCGGCGGUGCUGAAGAAGGGCAUGGUGUUCAGCUUGAACGUGGGACUGGCGGGGCUGGAAAACGCGGAAGCGUCCGAUAAGGAGUCGAAGGUGUACGCCCUGUUCAUCGGCGACACGGUGCUGGUGACGGACGAAUCGCCGGCCGCCGUGCUGACGCAGUCGAAGAAGAAGAUCAAGAACAUCGGCAUCUUCCUGAAGGACGAUGACGACGAGGACGAGGAGGAGGAGGAGAAGGACACGGAGCAGACGUCGGAAAUAUUGGGCCGCAGCGGCAAGCGGUCGACCGUGCUGGAGAGCAAGCUGCGCAACGAGCAAAGCUCGGAGGAGAAGCGCAAGCAGCACCAGAAGGAGCUGGCCAUUGCGCUGAACGAGAAGGCGAAGGAGCGGCUGGCCAAGCAGGCCGGCGGGAAGGAGGCGGAAAAGGUGCGCAAAUCGACCGUUUCGUACAAGAGCGUCAAUCAGAUGCCGCGCGAGGCGGAGGUCAAGGAGCUGAAGCUGUACGUGGAUCGCAAGUACGAAACGGUCAUCAUGCCGAUCUUUGGCGUGCCGGUCCCGUUCCACAUCUCCACCAUCAAGAACAUCUCCCAGUCGGUGGAGGGCGAUUACACCUAUCUGCGUAUUAACUUCUUCCACCCGGGCGCCACGAUGGGCCGGAACGAGUCGGGCAUGUAUCCGAAUCCGGACGCGACGUUCGUGAAGGAGGUUACGUACCGCUCGACCAACACGAAGGAGCCGGGCGAGAUAGCGGCACCCUCGUCCAACCUGAACACGGCAUUCCGGCUGAUCAAGGAGGUGCAGAAGCGGUUCAAAACGCGCGAAGCGGAGGAGCGCGAAAAGGAGGAUCUGGUGAAGCAGGACACGCUGGUGAUGUCGCAGAACAAGGGCAACCCGAAGCUGAAGGAUCUGUACAUACGGCCGAACAUCGUGAGCAAGCGCAUGACCGGUUCGCUGGAGGCGCACGUGAACGGCUUCCGGUACACGUCGGUGCGCGGCGACAAGGUGGACAUCCUGUACAACAACAUCAAGAGCGCCUUCUUCCAGCCGUGCGACGGCGAGAUGAUCAUACUGCUGCACUUCCACCUGAAGCACGCGAUCAUGUUCGGCAAGAAGAAGCACCUGGACGUGCAGUUCUACACGGAGGUGGGCGAAAUCACGACCGAUCUCGGCAAGCACCAGCACAUGCACGACCGGGACGAUCUGGCGGCCGAGCAGGCGGAGCGCGAACUGCGCCACAAGCUGAAGACGGCGUUCAAGAGCUUCUGCGAGAAGGUGGAAAUGAUGACGAAGCAGCAGAUCGAGUUCGACACACCGUUCCGGGAGCUGGGCUUCCCGGGCGCACCGUUCCGCAGCACAGUAUUACUGCAGCCGACGUCCGGCAGCCUGGUGAAUCUGACCGAAUGGCCGCCGUUCGUGAUUACGCUGGAGGACGUGGAGCUGGUACACUUUGAGCGCGUCCAGUUCCAUCUGCGCAACUUCGAUAUGAUAUUUGUGUUUAAAAACUACCAGCAAAAGAUUGCGAUGGUCAAUGCGAUACCGAUGAACAUGCUCGAUCACGUGAAGGAGUGGUUAAAUUCGUGCGAUAUUCGCUACUCGGAGGGCAUACAGUCGCUGAAUUGGGCCAAAAUUAUGAAAACCAUCACGGACGAUCCGGAGGGCUUCUUCGACAGUGGCGGCUGGACGUUCCUCGAUCCGGAAUCGGAGGGAGAGGCCGAGGCAAACAGCGAAACGGAGGACGAAGAGGAUGAUGCGUACGAACCGACGGAUGAUGAUGAUGAGGAGGAAUCCGACUCGGAAGACUAUUCCGAAGCUUCCGAGGAUGAUGAUAGUGGAAGCGAAGAAGAUCUCGGAUCGGAUGAAGAGUCCGGUAAGGAUUGGUCCGAUCUGGAGCGGGAAGCAGCGGAAGAGGAUCGAAAUCGCGAAAAGGAUGAUUACGAUGAUCGCAAUUCAUCCAAAAAACGUUCCCAUCAUAGGCGAGACCGUGGGGUAGCUUCAUCGAAGAAACAACAUGAACAUAAACGCAGCUCCUCCAAGCAUAGCAGCAGUCGGGACAAGAAUCACAAGGACAAACACAACGACAAGCAUCGCAGCAGUGGCAGCAGCAGCAAGCACAACAGCAGCAGCAGCCACAAGCGCUCGAGGGAUGACAGUCGCGACAGCAGCCACCAUCACAAGAGCAAGAAAUCGCGAAAAUAAACCCUCUCAGAUAGAGAGAGAGAGAGCGAGAGCGAGUGUGUAUACGAGAAUCGCAUUCGGUUUGUACGGUUGUGUGUGGUGGUGGGUUUGGUGUCCCGAAUCUUUCCCACCAUACCGGCACAUCGUAAGAGGCGCAUCCCGACCACACGGGGGUGUGCUGGGAUGAGAUUAAGUUUUUUCCCCCAUUUUCUUAUUGGCAACGAUACAAUUCCACAUUAUUCGUCCGAUCGUUUUACGUGCGAGAAAGCGCUGGGGUAGUUUGGUGAAAAUUAGUAUUUAUAUGGCUGGCAUACACUGGCGGCAAACUUAACUCUCCUAACACCACACAUCUGCUGCCGGCACUGCUGUGUUGCUCUCCCCCUGAGGGGCUGGUGAUCCCCGUUCAAAUGCCCGGAAUAGGUUCGUUUUGUCCAUAGUCGGUCAUAGAUGAUUGGUCGUCUCGACAGUUUCCAAGACAGUUGUAAAAUGUUCCAAACUACAAAUUUCAAACAGAAGAAAAACACAAAAUCAACUGAAAAGUGUCCCACAACUGCAACAAAGUUCGAAUAUACAUAAACAGUAGAAUACACACAUAAAUGGUAAAAACAAAAUAUAUGUAUGUCAUCCC